AUGGUCGCCGCUAUCAAGAGACGUGAGCCCGCCACAGAUCCCCAGAAAGUCUUCCACUACACAGACCUCCAGCGCACCAAGCCCACCCGCGAGAAUGACCCCUACGAGUACCAAGCAGGCUGGGGUAACCGCCAUCAAUCAGAGGUCAUCCCCGGUACUCUCCCCGCCGGCCAAAACAACCCUCAAGACAGAGGCUUUGGUCUGUACACUGAGGGUAUCACCUACUCUGCUUUCGCAGCUCCUCGCGGCCUCAACAUGAGCACGUACAUGUAUCGUGCUCGACCAUCAGCUGCUCAUCAGGGUUAUUCGAGUAUUGAGACAAAGUCUCAUAUUGAGAACUGCUUUUUGUCGCUGAAUCCUAAGGUUGAGCCUUUGUAUCAGCAGGCUGAGUGGUCGCCUUUUCCAUUGCCGAAAGAUGAUGAGACGAUUGACUUUACUGAUGGGUUGCAUACACUUGCUGGAAGCGGUGAUCCCAAUCUUCGGCAGGGCAUCGCUGUGUAUGUCUAUAUUAUCAAUGCCUCUAUGGUCAACAAGGCAUAUUGCAACACAGACGGCGACUUUCUUAUCACUCCUCAACUCGGCAUCAUAGACAUCCAAACCGAGAUGGGCCGUCUCUUCGUCCAGCCAGGCGAAAUUUGCGUUAUCCAGCGUGGUGUACGCUUCCGAAUCAAUCUUGCAGACGGUGUGCCUGUUGCUCGUGGCCAUAUCGCUGAAGUUUGGGGAUCUAUGUGGGAGCUGCCUGAUCUAGGACCUAUCGGAGGACAUGGCCUGGCAAACCCAAGAGACUUUCUAUAUCCUGUUGCUCAUAUCGAUGAGGACCUCCAUGUUCCUUUUAAAAUUGUUGUCAAAAAUAACGGAAAGCAUGUUGCCAUCAGUCAGGAUCACAGUCCGUUUGACGUUGUUGCAUGGCAUGGGAAUGCAGUUCCCUACAAGUACGACUUGACAAAGUUCGCAUCUCAGAACAGCACCAGUAUUGAUCACACAGACCCAAGCAUCAACACUGUUCUAACAGCAAAGUCAUUUGACCCUCACGUCCCGCUCGCAGACUAUCUCUGGUUCGGUCCCCGCUGGGACGUAGCGAGCAACUCAUUGCGCGCACCUUACUAUCAUCGAAACAGCGCAACCGAGAUGUUGGCUUGCAUCUAUGGAGCAGGUCUCGGUCGAUCUGAUGACUUCUUGCCCGGUGGCUGCAGUUACGAGGGUGGACAUACUCCCCAUGGUGGGUUUGGUGAAGAGUAUAUUACUGAAGCUAUCUUGCAGCACAAUGAACCACGUAGAAUCUUGGAGAAUCAAAUGACCAUCAUGGUUGAGUCAUCACGCACAUUCCUGUUCACAGAGUAUGCUCGAGAGAUCUGUGGUGUUCUUCACAAACAAGCCACUGAUUAUCGAGUUUGGGAUAAUCUUCCCGAUCGCUUCUCAGCACAUCCUUUGACCAAACAGCUUCUUGAGCGUGUUGCAAAGGAUAAGGUGAACCAGAAGAAGGCGGUUGACUACUAUCAUUCGGUUCAGUUGCUUGAUGCCAAGGGUCAGCCUACGCAAGUCCUGCCCCAUGAGACUAAUGGCCAUGCAAAGCUCAGCGCAGUCGAUGCAGCGGUUUGGAACUAG